AUGGCCAAUAUUCCGCGACGCUGCGGCCUUUUAAACGCGCGGUGGGCCAUUGUUAUCCAAAUGAUUCGCCCAGCACCACACCAUCUUCUUGCCCUGGGCAUCCUCGGCAUAUCAUCUAUCUGGGGAUUUGUCGGGUAUUGGGGCCACAUGUUUGAUAACUUCGAUACAAUCGUCGCCACAGGACACUUGCCAGAUGGACGCGUAAUGCGAAUGAGAUAUACGGGGGUUGACGCAUUGGAUCAUCGCAUGACGCCGGUAAUUGCAUUCUACGAAGUGCUCAGCAACGGACUCUCCAUGGGCCCGCGGAUGCUCUUCUUCAACAUCAAUUUCGUUGUCAUCUGCACGAAUGUCUGGGUUAUGAUUGAAAGUCGUAGGCGUGGUAUGCAGAGUGCGGCAUUGAAAUAUCCCUUCGCCUUCAUGAUCGUGUGGAAUUUCAUCGGCGCUGCUCUCAUUCAACCUCAUUAUCUUUACAUCAUUGUUCAAGGCAACCUUAAGCAGCGGGAUCCAACGAUCCCCCGACACGAAGCUACCGCCCUGUUUCUGACAACUAUCUCUGCAAUUCUAUGCCCUUCACUACUCUUUGCACCCACUUGGCUGCAAACAAGCACCUGGACCCACCACGGGCUGGUCGCACUCUUCCACGCCACACCCAUCCUGCUCGCCAUGAUCUUCGAUAUCAGCAAGCGGAUACUCGGGUCUCCAGCGGGUCAUUUCCUGGCUCGAUCCCCAGCCGAAAACGACCCCCGAAGACACCCUGACCAGCCUUGGUUAGUUGCGUCGUACAUUCUAGCGGGUGUAAUCUCAGGCAUGGUGCACUUGUUCACCGUGAUCACUGCUCUGAAGACGCGCAACCCAGACGCAACACUUUCCCGACUCUUUGUUCCGACCUGGGAGCGACUGGCAACAGCAAAUACUCUGCCCUUGUCAUGGAUGGGGCAGAGAUCGAAUACAUCCGCUAUUAAUAGCGAUGGUACAGGGACAGCAAAUAAAACAGCCGAGGUCCUGGAGCAGUUCCACCUUUUUAGCCAGUUUGACUGGAUUGUGGUCUCGCUGGCUUGCAUCGUAUUCACGUAUCUUCUCUUGUCCAGAGCGAGGGAGAGCAAAUCAGCGAGACGGGAGGUAAAUACUCACCAUUCUAAGAUGUCUGAUGUUGAAAAGAGGGACUUGGGUCUUCUCCUCCUCGGCACGAUUGUGUUGGGCCCGGGGGCGGCUGGCUCCUUCGGGCUGGCAGUGCGUGAGUCAAAACUGAGGCAGCAGUGGAACCAGGCGAAGAAAUCGCAGUAG